UGGCGUUGAGAGUGUUCUGUGGUCGGAAAAAAUUGUCUAUUUUGUGGUAUAGUGAUUACUUAUAGUGAUGAAUUUCAAUUGGUGAUAGUUGUGUUCGUUUCCAUAAUAUCAGUUCAGGUUUCUCCGUUUGUUAUACAGCGAGCCAAACAACCCGUAUCAAUAUAGUGUGUGGCUCAUAGCAGCUAAUAAAAAUAAAAUAAUGUGCUCCAGUUACCAAGGAAACCAUAGUAUCAAGUCAGCGUGAUGUUUUCUGAACCAUGGCCAGAUAUCCUUUCGCCUCCAUUUACAAACCCAUGGUAUGGCUUCUCCUGUUGUACCUGCAUAAAUCGAUAGCAAAAGCACUCACCGACAACAGAUGCUUCCUGGAGAACGGCGCUUCCUCCGAGAACUUCUUCGUGGCCGAGGACUUCCCCGUGGGGGCUAUUGUGGGCCAGGUGCGCGUCCACGGCGACCCGCGGCCCGGGGGCUCCAUAGCCCUGCGGCUGAAGGAGCAGGACGGGCCGGUGGCCAUCGCGGCAGGCACCAAGAACCUCACCCUCAGAAGGUCCUUGGACAAGGAGGGCGUCAGCGGCCCAUCAUCGGUCUUCGUGCACAUAAUCUGCGAGAGACUGGGCACUCCAGAUCCCGGCUUCGUCAUCCCCGUCAACGUCAGAGUGACCGACGUCAACGACAACGCACCGGUCUUCAUAAACGCCCCGUACGUGUUGAACAUCUCCGAGGUGACAGUGGUGGGCACUAGGGUGCUACAGGGGGUUCACGCGAUAGACAAUGACCAGCAGGGCGUGUUUUCAAGCGUGAAGUACGCAGUUUUGCCGGGGCCGCACUCGGACUAUUUCGAGUUCGAGAACGAGCUCGAGGGGACCCUGGUGUUGAAGAAGCCCCUGGACUAUGAGAGCUUGAAGAGCUUCGACGUACAUAUAAGGGCGCAGGAUCACGGGGAGCCUCCCAAGAAGACGGACACCGUUUUGACGGUGCAUGUUAUCGAUGCUGAUGACCAAAAUCCGAAGUUUCUGGACGAUAGGUACACAUCCAUUAUUCCAGAACCACCGAAAAAAGGCUCGAUCUUGUUGAUCAAACCCCGAGAAAUCGAUAGCGUCGACCAAGACCUCGGUAUCAAUUCUCCAGUUUACUACACUUUUAACGAAGUGGGUCCGGAGUACACCUUCUUCAGGCUGAACAGGCUUACAGCCAAAAUCAGCCUUGCCAAGGACCUAACAGAACAUGAUCUUCCACAUCCUGUGACGUUAGUUAUACGGGCGACUCAGCAGGAUAAUCCUGAUAGAUAUGCCUUAGCAACCCUCACGGUUUCAAGGGACCUAGCAAAGGGCAUCCGAUUCCUCCACAGUACCUUCUACAUCAAAGCAUCGGAAUCUCUGCCCCCUGGUACUUUGAUUGGUACUCUUUCUAACAAUAGGCCAGGGGAACAGCUGAGGUACUUCGUGUCUGAACAAAACGUUCUGAAGACGUUCAGUCUCAAUACCAAAGGGGAACUGUCGUUGAGGAAAAAGUUAGAUUACGAAGAGAGAUCAGAGUAUUAUUUCAAAGUUUUUGCUACAGACGGAGUCACGAAUGACUCCAGUGUGGUCAAUAUAACAGUUGAAGACGUUAACGAAUGGGAACCGAGGUUUCGGUAUCCAAAUUACGAGUUUUUCAUCGCUGGUCACCCUGAGGAGCUCUUGGGCAGAAUAGAAGCUGCCGACGGCGACAAAAACGACAGACUGACGCUUUCUUUAUCAGGAGCCAACGCAUCCCUGUUCACCAUAUCGCAGAAUGGCGAGCUCAGGUUGAGGUAUCCCAAAGGGUUUCAAGGUGUGGCGAAUUUCGCUGUGAUAGCUACUGAUAGUGGAAUACCCCCAAAAACUGCGACGGUUCCAGUAUCUGUGCACUAUUCAGAUACAGGAGAUCAGUCCGGAAUUGUUUCGAGCAGAAAAAAUGGUGGAGGACCUCUUCUACUGGCCGGACUCGGUGCAAUAUUACUCAUUUUAGUAUUCGUUGUUAUCUUAUUGGUAGCAUAUAUUUGUAAAGUGAAAAGAAAGCCUGGGUCAGCGGCGUCAACCCUUCAAUCUGCGAAGCACGACAAAAGUCCCAAAAAGAUUCCCAACCCCAUGUUCGGCGACCGUACUCGCUCCCCGACAGCCACGGCGAUCGGCGGCAUCCCCAGUGAACUGAAAUCGAAAAUUCCCAGCCCCAAAGUGCACCCUGCACCCCAACCCCCGCCAGUGUGGCCGUCGUCGGACGGUUCCACCAGAGUGAAAAAACUCAGCUGGGUCGACGAUAAAACUGACACCGAAAGCACAGAAAACCUGAAUAAUACUGAUGGUACGCCAAAGCUACUCAGUAAUACUAAUUUAACAGUAUAUUUUUAAUUUUUUAUAUUUGUAGAAACUCUUGAUAUUCAUAAAGUUAUGUAUGUUGAGGAGAUAUUCGUUUCAGUUUUCUCCCCAAAUUCCAAAAUCAGAGACACACGGG